AUGCGACCCAGUUUCAAAAUCGACAGGACCGGCCAGAACGGUUCUGCCGACGACGAAGGCCAGAGCCAUGUCAACGAGAACACUCCCUUGGUCGGCCAUCUGAACGGCGGUAACUCGUCCCACAAUGGCCGCAGCUUCUGGGGCCAGGUCUUCCUGGGGAAAGAAACACCUGGGUUGCACAGUCCAAAUCCAUUUGUGAGGUGGCCGGUACACGUUUUCAACAUACUCAAGAUUACAUUGCUCAGUAACUAUGUCAAUGUCCUCUUGAUCUUUGUUCCACUUGGUAUCAUUGCCGGUGUGUCCGAAUGGAGCCCCACGCUUGUCUUCACCCUCAAUUUCCUGGCCAUCGUGCCUCUGGCCGCCAUCCUGUCCUUUGCCACCGAAGAGAUCUCGUCCAAACUGGGCGAGACUCUCGGCGGCUUGCUGAAUGCGACAUUCGGUAAUGCUGUCGAGUUGAUUGUGAGCAUUAUCGCUCUACAGAACAACCAAAUCGAAGUGGUCAAAUCCUCCAUGCUUGGAUCUAUUCUUUCCAACCUGCUCUUGGUAAUGGGCAUGUGUUUCUUCUUUGGCGGUAUAUUCAACAUGCGAGAUUCGAACGGUGUUGGCACGGAGCAGGUGUUUGCUUCAGGAACGGCGCAGACUGCCUGCUCCCUAAUGACUCUUUCUUCGGCAUCCCUAGUCAUUCCGGCCACUCUAUUCAUGGUUCUCGAAAGCGACAAGGACAAAGUAGCCGCCCACAAGAGCGUUUUGAUUCUAUCGCGAGGGACAGCCAUCAUCUUGCUGCUUCUGUAUUGCCUCUAUCUCUUCUUCCAGUUGAGGACGCACAAGAACCUCUUCAACCCUGAGGAACCGGAAGAAAACGGGGCUGCGGAGGAGGACGACGAAGAAGCGGAAGACUCAUCCAUGAGCGCCUGGUCUGCAGCGACAAUCCUGGUGGUCACAACCGUUAUAAUUUCGUUUUGUGCAGACUACCUCGUCGACGCUAUUGAUCCUAUUGUCGAGACUGGGGCACUCAGCAAAAACUUCAUUGGUCUCAUCCUCAUUCCGAUUGUUGGCAACGCGGCGGAACACGUUACGGCCUGUGUGGUGGCAAUCAAGAACAAAAUGGACCUGGCCAUGGGAGUUGCUGUCGGAUCAAGUGUACAGAUUGCCCUCCUCGUUACUCCAUUCCUUGUUCUGCUCGGUUGGGCCAUCGAUCGACCGAUGGAUUUCCAAUUCGAGACGUUCGAGACGGUUUCGUUCUUCAUUUCUGUCCUCGUCGUCACCUACGUUGUCCAGGACGGCAAGUCGAACUACCUCGAAGGUGCCAUGCUUUUUGGGUUAUACGUUAUUAUCGCCCUGGCUUUCUACGCCACCCCUAGUGACGCCCUCAACAACAUUUACGCUUCCAUCUUCUGA